AAUGAUCCAAGUGCGGACCACGUGAUGUUACCACCGCCUCAUAAUUUCGGAAUUAAAGGGGUUUCGUCACCAUCACGCGGGAACCACAAUCGUGUUACAAUCAUUGACCUGAAAGCUAACUCCGUAUGGACUUAUUAUCCGUGGACAACCCGCAUAGAAGUUGACUUCGAUCAGAUUGUGGGUAAAACUGAAGAUAUUUUUACUAAGUUGUGUGAUGUUGACUUACCAGCUUACUCAGAACUCAUCGAAAACAGAAUAGCCGUUGCAAAACUUGCAAAUCUUGUGAGUUCUAAUAACGCCUUGGAGAAUAUCAACAAAGAUCUUCUUCAACUUACCGAUCAUCUCAGUCAAUUCUCGAAAGACCUUGAACUCAUUUAUGAAGAAGGAAACGUUUUCUUCAUGAUUUUUGAAAAAAGCGUUUCCGAAUGGGAAAAGCUUGAGAUAAUGAACAAAUAUUCUCCUGGAUUAUUUGAACUGAUGAAAAAUUAUUCGCACAAUUAUUUUAUGACUCUCUCCAAAACAGAAGUGACGAUGGAAGGUAUUUUAUUAUCUAAAAAAAAAUCCAAUAAUAAAGAGGUGGUUCUUUCUGAAUGGAUAAAUUAUUUGGAUAUCAGCUUGUGGUGUGACACUUCAACUAUCAAGAAAUGCAAGUAUGAGCUUUCUCGAGUUAAGAAAGUCAUGGAGUUCAUCGGAAACAGUAAAUCUAGUUUGGUUGAGGUUAGAUACCAUAUUUUUCAAUAUUCGAAUUAUAUGGAUACUAUUAUAAAACGUCUAUCAAAAGAAAACGUGGUAAUAAAAAGUGGUCAGGCCACCAAGAACCUAAAAUCUGUAAUUAAUAAAAUUAAGUCUAGCUAUAUGAAAUUUUUGGCAAAUCAAGAUGUCAUUCCUAGAGCUAAUGAAAACAGCUCUGAUCUCGAUAUCUACAAGAGUGAACUUGUUGGAAAAGUUGGGUGUCGGGAAUUUAUGACUCACUUUGCCAGUCCUCCAGUCUUCCAGGGCGUACGUACGACAAAACAUUCACCAUUCUUACAAAACAUUAAAAUCGGCGCUGGUACAUAUAUUGAUUCGCUCACCUUUGAAUGGUCCGACAACAUAUCAUUUAAAUAUGGUGGGAACGGAGGUAAUAUAAGUGAUUUUAAUUUGGAUGAAGGUGAAUCAGUGUUAUGGGCUAAGAUUUACCAGUAUGAAGGGGGUAUGAUUUGUGGCCUUGAAUUUCGUACAAAUAAAUGGAAAACUACAGGUAUCUUAGGCAAACCCAUAAAUCCCACAAUUCUUGAGGCGCCAAUUGGAUAUGAGGUGGUCGGUCUCUAUGGCGGUUUUGAUAAACAUAUAUGCGGGAUCGGUAUUCUUUAUUCAAAGAUUAAAUGGGGUUCAUUUGGAAAUUAA